GUCGUCCAUUUAGUCUUUUCAAAGAUAGUAGCAUGUUAUCAAGGGGAAUCGUUGGUAUAGCAUUUACAUCAAUGACCUCAACUUCUACGAUAAAAAAACAAAUUCAAGUUAAUCAUCAGGCGUUGUGUUCAAUCGGAGAACCAUUAAAAAUUACAAGAUGUCAAGGAAACAUUAUCCUAGAAUUAGAUGGCUUAAACCCUACCAACCUACUAUUAAAGAGAUUUCAAUACGGAAAUAUUGAUCAGACAAUGUCUAAAGAAACUGAAUAUUAUUUAGGUAUAUAUGAUAUCGAGAAUAAACUUGAUGAAUCAAUGCUAAUAGUUAAUAAAAUCUUGAGUGGAGAUCCUGUGCGUGGUAAUAUGGCCAUUGAUACUACAAAAAACUUGAAGAAUGGGCAGUUUGUCAAGUUCAUGUACAGAAAAAAUUAUUCGACAAUCGAACCAAUUCCAAAGAUUUUUAAUCAUAACGGUAUAAAUAUAGUGCUAGAAACAUCGGAUCGAGAGGAGAUGGACUUUCCCUCUUCUCCACCAACUUUGAACAAAACAAUUAUUGAAAGAAAUAUUUUUGGUGGAAUUAGUGAAAAUGGAAUAAUCAUUGGAAGAGGUGCUAUAAAUGAAAAUCAAAUUGAUACUUCUUGGGUGUGCAAUGUACCAUAUUCUUUUGCUAGUUUAUCAUUUUAA